GGUUGUGUUCCAUUCUGUUUCUGCGCUUUGUACGUUAGCGACACAACAAUGCUGCUCAAUAAGGUUCUCAAAGCCAGUUUGCGGUCUGGGAUCCGGCUGCAGAGCUCCAGCGCGGCUGCAGCCAGUGUCGCAAACUCUCACGGCUCAGCACAGCUCGGCUUUUCAUUUGAGCUGACGGAUCAGCAAAAGGAGUUCCAGCAGCUGGCGAGGAGGUUUGCGCGUGAAGAGAUCGUUCCUGCUGCACCUAUGUAUGACAAGACGGGGGAAUAUCCCGUCCCUAUUAUCAAGAAAGCAUGGGAGCUCGGUCUGAUGAACGGUCACAUUCCCCAGGAGUAUGGUGGGAUGGGCUUGACAAUCUUUGACAACUGCCUCAUCACAGAAGAGUUGGCGUUCGGUUGCACAGGAGUUCAGACCGCCAUCGAAGCGAACUCUCUGGGACAAAUGCCUGUGAUUCUGGCCGGCAAUGAGGCACAGAAGAGCAAAUACCUGGGAAGGAUGACUGAGGAACCUCUUAUGUGUGCGUACUGUGUGACAGAGCCGGGGGCGGGCUCUGAUGUGGCCGGCAUCAAGACCCGAGCCGUGAAGAUGGGCGAUGAGUACGUUGUUAAUGGACAGAAGAUGUGGAUCACCAAUGGUGGGAAAGCUAACUGGUACUUCCUCCUGGCCCGUACUAACCCGGAUCCUAAAUGUCCAGCCAGCAAGGCUUUUACUGGCUUUAUUGUGGAAGCUGACACACCAGGAAUUCAAAUAGGAAGAAAGGAGAUGAACAUGGGCCAGAGGUGCUCUGACACCAGAGGCAUCACGUUUGAGGAUGUGAGGAUACCGAAGGAGAACGUCCUGAUCGCAGAGGGAGCCGGCUUCAAAAUUGCCAUGGGUGCUUUUGACAACACGAGGCCACCAGUGGCUGCAGGAGCAACAGGUCUGGCACAGAGGGCGCUGGAAGAAGCUACCAAUUACGCAAUGGAGAGGAAGACCUUUGGCAAAGCCAUCGCUGAGCACCAGGCCGUGUCCUUCCUCCUGGCCGAGAUGGCGAUGAAGGUGGAGCUGGCCAGGAUGGCGUACCAGCGGUCCGCCUGGGAAGUGGAUCAGGGCCGCAGAAACACCUACUACGCCUCCAUCGCCAAGGCCUUCGCAGGAGACAUCGCCAACCAGGUGGCCACUGACGCCGUGCAGGUGUUUGGAGGCAACGGCUUCAAUAGCGAUUACCCGGUGGAGAAGCUGAUGAGAGACGCCAAAAUCUACCAGAUCUAUGAGGGCACGGCGCAGAUCCAAAGACUCAUUAUUGCCCGAGAACACCUGGGAAGAUACAAGAAGUGAACGCCGCUCACCUGAUUUGUCAUUCAAAUGUACUUUGUUGUUACUUCUGUUUAAACAUACGUGCGUUCCUGGAAACAGAUCUGCUCACUUAUUCUCACAGGAUACCGUCGCAAAAUGUCGUUUGCCUUAAAAGCACUUCAUCCUGCCUUGGCUUUUUUUUUUUUUUUUUUUUUUUUCAAAACUCAUCCACACCCUGAAUUUAUAGACGCCCGUCCAUCUUUCCAAUCAGAAAACAUCAACAAGACCUGUGUCAUUUUUAAAAGGGUUUGCUGAACGUAGCUCAGACCUGUGGCCUUGUUCUGUGAUCUCAUGAGUUGAGGAUCACGUGACCGCCGCGUCCCGUCAGGCUGCAGACUCUGGAGGCUGUAAAUAAUGGCAGCCGGGCACAAACACCACCACAGCCUCCGACAGCAGUCUGGACAUUGAACUGUAAAGUUUUUUUUAAAAGUCAUAUGAACAUUUGGUGUCUGUUUUCUAGGGUAGGUUGAUAAUGAUAAACUUGGAUAUAUUUCACUUUAUAAGUUGACAGCCCAAGGCGAGAUCAUAUUAUUCUGGGGAGAGUAGGAGGUUCAGUGUGUGUAACUCUUGUAAUAGUGUUGCUUUUGGCAGUGAAAGCGGGUCAAAUCAAUGAUGAUGAGGAGGAUUAUUUGUCUAUAAUGUCCAGAUCAUGCCUUAUUCUGCCUCUGAGAUCCUAGCUAAAACUUGGCUAUCCCUAUUGACUGUCUACGCUCAUUCAAAAAAUAUAACCCAUAAAGUAAUUCUUCAAGCUCGGAAACAGGACUGUGUGUCUAAUGAUUUCUGUAACAGCUGUAAAAAUGCAAGUUGUCAGAAAAUGGUUUUCUGUCUGAUUUAGAAUUGAGGUCCUUAAUAUGACGUUACGAUGCAAUAUCCAACAUAAAGACGCAUCAGCUGUAUACAGGAUCAUAGAGAAUCUCUGCAGCAAGUAUGGAUGUAAUAUGUACAGUAGGCUGUGGUUCAGUUGUCACUCUGUUAUUUUUUGACAACACUUACGACAUAAUGUUGAAUUAAUCUAAAGCUUUUAAGUCUGUAUAUCAUUUAUUGAAUAAAUUAUUCCAUUCUGUCUAGAA